GGCGCUGAAAGUCACAUUUUGCAUAGGGUUUCUCUCCCUCCUGCCCAGACGAACAAGCACACCACACAAACCCACACACUCCCCACGCCCACGGAACCCACAAAAAAUUCCGAGAAAGAUAAUUCCUCUCGAAAAAUCGGCGCUCCAAAUCCUCCCCUCCCAAGAGCUUCCCCAAUCCCGCGAAUCCCGACGAAUCCCCGCGAAAUUUUCCAACCCUCCAACGCCGCCGCCUUCCGCAGAUUUCCGACGAGGCCCAUCGAGAAAUCUAGCGCGCCGUACACAGAGUCGUCGCUGACUCGCUGGUCGCCCGCCGAGGCGCCCUCUCCCGGGCGGCCGCUUCCUGGUCGAUCAAUUGUGUCGCGGCGGCGUGAUACCGAUAGCUACGAGAGGAGGGGAGCGAUUUUUGCCCCCCUGAGCAGUCUUUUUUAUUAUUUUUUGAGCAUGUCUGCCUGAGAUAGAUUGUAUUGUGAGAGAGUUAGGGUUUGGUGGUCUCUGCUCCGCCCCGAGUUGAGGCUGGGUGCGGAUGCGCCGUUGAAUCCUGUGCUGUAACCGCCUUCAGUGACUGGCGAGAAGUGUAGGGCAUUGGUGGUUGUUUCAUUGUUGUGCCGGACUGGAUCCUGCUGCUGGGAAGUGUAGAUGGUGAGUGGCGCCCGCUGGCAUGGACCGAGGUGAGCCCUCGUUGAAGCCAGAAUGGCUGGUUCGCGGGGUUGCUACACCGACAGCGUCUGCCACAUGUCUCCGACCAGGAACUUCACCCCGUGCAGGUGAUCAAGACAGGGGUGCUUCAUCAAGAAACCGAUCAACAGUUCGUGAUCGUGAACGGAGCUCCCAACAGUCCUCUUCACGUAGGGGUUCUGGCCCAAGUGUGUCCAGACGGCAUGAUCGGGAUGGCACAGUGAAGUCAAGAGGCUAUGCCAGUUUUGGAAGAAGCAACAGAGACAGGGUGUGUGAAAAGGACUCUGAUUUCCAUGAUUGGGAGAGUAGGUUGGGUCUUCCAGAUGGCCCUUUGCGUGAUGGCUUUGGGUCCUUUAGCUCUUGCAGACCUGAAAGCGAUAGGCUCAGUCGUGUUCGUCCAAAGCUGGACACAUCGACUCGGACAGCAGGAGUAAGUUUGGAAAAUGGUAAUCUAUCUAGAAAGGAUGCUGCAGGUAUCUCCUUUGAGCGAGAAUUUCCACACCUUAGUUCUGAGGAUAACGAUGGGAAGCAAGAUAUUGGUAGAGUUCCAUCUCCUGGAAUUAGCACCCCGCUUCAGAGCAUACCAUUGGUUACUGCACCUGAUGGCUGGAACUCGGUGCUAGCAGAAGUUCCUGGACUUAGUGAGCCAAGCAAUAACUAUGUUCCUUCUGGUUUAUCACAUGCUGGUUCCGGUAGGCAGCCUGAAGUGUCGAGCUGCGGAACGGCAUUAAGCAUGGCUGAAACAGUAAUGCAAGCACCAUUAAAAGUUUCCACCACACCCCAGCUAUCUGUUGAUGCUCAAAAGAUUGAAGAAAGAACUAUGAGGCUAAGACCUCUGACGCCUUCAUCAAACAAAACAUCUAUAUCAAGUUUGUCGGAUAAGUUAAAAAUUAGAGGUGCAAGAGCUGGGGAUUCUAAUGGUCCUGUGAAGACUGCGCCACAACUGUCAACACAGCCUUCUAACAGCUCUGUUCGUACUCCAGUCAAAUCUGAGCCUGUAAAGCCAUCUCAAUCAGGAAGCUUUCAAGUCCUGACCCGCGAGCAGAAUGGUGCUGCAAAUACUGCCAAAGACUGCUCCAGCAAUCCUGUGAGCCCUGUUCUAGGUCAAUCUUCUUCAGUGGAACCACUGGAAAGGUCUAAUGUCAACCAUAAGCUUAAAGGUGUUGUAAACGGCCUCCCUUUGCCUGUACAACAAGGUUCAUCUGGUGAGAGAAAAUCAAUUGCAAAAUCAAAGCAUAAAUUCUUCGAGUUACUGCGGAGCAAAUCUUUAAAUGGUUCAAGCGCUGGCAUCGAGUCCUCAUCUAGCUUGGCUGAUGAGCAGAAGAACCCCUCUGUUGAUUUGUCCUUGUUUAACAGUGGAAUCAAGUGUAUUGAAACUGGAAGUAGUUCAUGUGAGGAUGCAAAUUCUUGUGAUGGAUCUCAGCGACACCUCUCCGACAAUGAGGAAAUCAAGCCACCUUCAGAGCCUCAUGAUGCUUUUUAUGAGGGGUUGCAUGAGAUUGUAGCUGACAACAAGGACGCCAACUCUUCAUCAGAUCCUGUUGAUGCUGAAGAUGAAGCUAAAGCUAGUCUGUCCAUUAUACCCACAGAUACAACUGAUGUUUCAGCGAGAUCGGACUCUAGAUAUGACGAAGCCCUUUUGUUGUCUGAGCCCAUUGUAGCAGGGCAAGAGGAAUCGUAUCCUACCGAAGAGGAACCAAGUCCAGAAGAAAUGGCUUUCCUUAAAUCUCUUGGCUGGAAACAAGACGAAGUAGUUCCUCCACUGAAACAGGAAGAGAUCGCUGAUUGUUUAAGGCACAACGUGAGGCUGCAGCAGAAGCUUGAGGAAUGCAGGGGCUAAUGACAUGACACAUCAACCAAAAUUACUGGGGUUGUCAACCAUGCUUGGAACCUUUGGAGAUCAAGCUGUACCAUGAUGAGUUUGGGUAACUACCUCAACUCUCAUGGGGUGAUUAGCUUAGCAAAUCGAGAUAUUUUCCCGUUAACUUCAGCUCUGUGGGUAGUUUUCAUGGGUAGAUUGAUGCUUUUCCGUGCUGAAAAGAGGUUUGAGGGUUUUCUUCAUUUUCCCGGAAGGAAUGCCGAAUGAAACAGGCAUGUACGGUGUUGGAUGCACAUAGUUGUGCACCUGCGGUGCUCAGAAAGAAUAGGUUGUCUUCUUUUUUUAUACUUCUUGUGGCUUAUCCUUGUUUCAGAAAAGAAAAGAAAAAAGAAUACUUGGGGUCUUUACAUGAAAAGGACGCGCCUGUGGCUACCAUGGUCUCAAAUUUUGCUUAAUUUAUUUUAUUGUUUUACUCAAA